AACGUUCAUAAUCCAUUUGAGAACCAACUUCAAGAAAGACUGCACUUACCUCUGAUCUCUAGUCCAUCGCUCUUCCAAUUGAAUACACCAAAACGUCAAAGUGCUAAAUUUGAAUGGACAAUCGAAGAAUUGAGUUCACUUGCUCCUGUUAAAUUGGUGCCUCAUGAAACACAAUUUAAAGAAGAAAUCGAUCCUGUUCGUGAAGCUCAAGUUCAGGAAGUGAUCAACUCUUUCUUUCGUGAUAAUCAAAUAGUUCCAAGUCCACAAAAUUGCACCUUAAGAGGACAAAAAAUUAUUCUACGUGAUGAAGAAAAGUCUGAAAAUAUUUUAAGCUCAACAACUUAUCCAGACGAAAUGGACAAAACAGGGAAAAAUUCAAAUAAAAAAGGAACAUUGGACGCUGUAUCACAAACAAAUAUUUCAUUUCCGCGAAAGUUGCCAAAAGCAAUUGAAGAUUUGUUGCAGAGUUUCAGUUGUGAAACAAGAGAUGAAGUGAAGAGUAGCGAAGAAGAAGAUUCAGCAAAUCAACAUGACAACUCGAUGAUGGAAAUAAGCGAAUUACGUCGUAAAUUAUUCAUUGACCAUCACGCAGAAAGCUCACCAAGGGAGUCGGAAAGUCCGUUGAAAAAUGUUCACUUAAGUCCACCGCCACGAACUCCUGAACUGACGAAAAGCAAUGUAAUGGAAGAUGAUUGCUUCGAAUAUGAAAUGUUUGGUAAGCUAUCUCCGAUUUAUGCAUGCAGCAGUCCCCAGGUGAGUCCUGAUAUCAGCCCAAUUCCUGCAACUUCAAACGAUGUCUCGAUGUUGAGUAAUUAUGCCUGUGAUGCGACUCCAUUCCGAAAGAACUGCCGUAAAAAGCUCGUGAAGAAACUUUGUGGAAAGAAUUUGUCGGAAUCUUUUGGUCAACUGGAGAGCGAAUUUGCUGAUGAAAUGACAAUUGAAGAGAAAGGUCAUUCAAAUGAUAGUUCUGAUGGGAAAGUUGACAAUAAAUUCAAGAAAAACAGUCUUGAAGUUCCUGAAACUAAUGUCAGAUUCAAAUGCUUUGAUUCCGGGUUCUUAGGAGCUGAAGAUGAUUCAACAUCUUUUCACACAUAA